GUCCGACGCGUUGCUUCCCGAUUGCUUCUGGGUUGUAAGGUCGCCUGCCCUACUUCCUGUCUUCGGAUGAGUUCCGGUCUUCUCAGGCCCGGGCUGGAGGGCGGCUUGGGGCCCCCGCGCGAGUAGAAAAAUGAACCGAGCAACAGUGCUGAAGUUGGAAAACCUGGUCCAUUUACACUGUGCUUGCCGGCAGCUGCAUAGUCUGCCUUACAGAAAAGUUCACAGGGCACAGUGGAAGCCUCUGCACCCAUCUGCAUACCCCACAUUGUCAGCUCAGCUGUAUUCACAGCUCUGGCAAGCAAACAAAUUCAGCAGUGUUGCAUUAUCGCAAUAUAGGCUUUUAGCUACAGACACGUGGGAAAAAAAACAAAAACAGAAAUUAUCAUCAAUAAAACCUAAAGUUAAAAAAGAAGUAGUAGAGAUAUGGCAGAACAUGACUGUUGAAGAUCUUGCAAGAGUUAUGAAUAAGGACAUAGACCAUGUUUAUGAAACCCUGUUGAACACCAACGUUGACCUAGACUCACUAACGUCAAAUUCAGUCUUAGAAGAAGUAUGGGUAAAGGAAGCUGUUAAAAAAUCAGGGAUGACAUACAAGCAGAGAGAACUUAAAAAGAAAAUGAGAAAAAAUAAAGAUGUUGUAAAAAGGCCUCCUGCAGAUCCAGCUUUGUUAACCCCACGGCCCCCAGUUGUUACUAUUUUGGGCCAUGUUGAUCACGGGAAAACAACUUUACUUGAUAAUCUGCGAAAAUCUCAAGUGGCAGCAAUGGAAGCAGGAGGCAUCACUCAACAUAUUGGUGCCUUUCUUGUUCAUCUGCCUUCUGGGGAAAAGAUAACUUUCCUUGAUACUCCAGGACAUGCUGCCUUUACAGCAAUGAGGGCAAGAGGUUCACGUAUUACCGAUAUUGUCAUACUGGUUGUAGCAGCAGACGAUGGAGUAAUGGAACAGACUGUAGAGUCCAUUCAUCAUGCUAAAAAUGCCAAAGUCCCGAUCAUCCUUGCUAUAAACAAAUGUGACAAACCUGAAGCUGAUCCUGAAAGGGUGAAGAAGGAAUUAUUGGCAUAUGAUGUGGUUUGUGAAGAUUAUGGGGGUGAUGUUCAGGCUGUAAAUAUCUCUGCACUUAAGGGUGACAACCUGAUGGCCUUAGCAGAGGCAACAGUUGCUCUUGCAGAGGUGCUAGAACUGAAGGCAGACUUCGCUGGCCUAGUCAAGGGAGUCGUAAUAGAGUCUCGCAUAGAUAAAGGAAAAGGUCCAGUAACCACAGCAGUCAUCCAGGGAGGAACACUAAGAAAAGGCUGUUUCCUAAUUGCUGGAAAAAGCUGGGCAAAAGUGCGCCUGAUGUAUGAUGAAAAUGGCCAAACAAUGGCUGUUGCCACUCCUGGGUUGCCAGUGGAAAUCAUGGGCUGGAAGGAAAUCCCAUCAGCAGGAGAUGAAAUUCUUGAAGUAGAAUCUGAGCAAAUAGCACGCAACGUAGUGGAUUGGAGAAACUAUGCUGAACAGCAGGAGAAAAUCAAACAGGAUAUAGAAGUUAUUGAAGCAAAGCGGAAGAAACACAGAGAUGAAUACGAGAAGCAGCAGGAGAUGUUCGACGGUCUGAGUUGGAGAAUGAGAAAACGAGCACAAUAUGAAGCCGGUAAAGAUGUAUGGUUUUUGAGACCAAAGGAGCGUGAGGAGAGUGACAGGAAUGUACUGCCCAUAAUUGUUAAAGGUGAUGUGGAUGGUUCUGUUGAAACUCUUCUAAACAUUCUGGAUGGUUAUAAUGCUAAAGAUGAAUGUGAGUUGGAUAUACUCCAUUUUGGAAUAGGGGAUAUCAAUCAAAAUGACAUAAAUUUGGCUGAACCCUUUAAGGGGAUCAUAUAUGGAUUCUGUGUGAAUGCAGAUAGCUCUACUCAGAAGUUGGCUGCUAAAAAGGGGAUUAAAAUUAAACUCCAUAAUAUUAUCUACAAACUUAUUGAAGACUUGAAAGAGGAGUUGAGUAGAAGAUUGCCUUUGGCUGUGCAUGAACUUGAAAUAGGGGAGGCGUCUGUUCUUGCUAUAUUCUAUGGCACAGUCAAAAAAAAUAAGAACGUUCCAGUGGCUGGUUGCAGAGUGCAGGAGGGACAGUUAAAUCGAAAAAUGAAGUUUAAAGUAAUCCGUAAUGGUGAUGUUAUUUGGAAAGGACUCUCAACAUCACUGAAGCAUUUUAAAGAUGAUGUCCAGGUAGUAAAAGCUGGCAUGGAGUGUGGCCUCAGUUUGGACCAGUACACAGAUAUCAAGAUUGGAGAUCAAAUUAUCUGCUACGAAGAAAAAGAAGUUAAAGAAUCAAUUUCUUGGGAUCCAGGAUUUUAAAUAAUUGUACUUUAGUACAAGGGACUCAUGGCCUGGCAUUAUUUUAGGCCACCUUGCUGAAACUUUUAAUAUUAAAAAUUAUUCUGAAAGGGGCUUCUUUUGUGAGAGUUCAUUGAAUUUUCAGCCAGGACACCAAAUUCUGAAUCCAAAAUCAAAAGUUUGUGUUUUAGGCAACAGUGGUGUUCUUUGCUUCUGCAGUUGUGUGCCAGCUCUAUAACCCCAUAACUAGUUGUAGAAAAAUGUUGAGUGACAUGGCAGUGUUAACUCCUUGGUGAAGGAUAUGGAUUGCUGUCAUGUUUCAUUUAGAAAUGGAAGAUAUCAGAAAGGGGCAGAAUGUUUAUGGUCUUUCUGUUUGACAGCCAGGUUGAGUUUAGCAGUUGAUAAAAAUGGGUCUUUCUGUCAUAAAAUGUUACCUUAAAAGAAUAAAAAGGGAGACAGAUGGUAUUGGAAGGGAUUACUGUCACUGUCUCAGCCUGCUGUGGGAUUUUAUACCUCUUUGAUGAAAUUCAACCUUCAUUUUCUGCAGCCUAAUUCACAGAAUUUCAUCUAGAAUUUGAGACUUCUUAGACUGGGGUGGUCUAAUUGGAGGAAGAGGAGUAAGACAGCGAAGUUCCAGUCCCAGUUUUGGUGUGGAUUAAAAUUUGAAAUGUGUGCCUCUAAACUGCUUUAUGCCAGUUUCCCAAUCUGUAAAACUAGGAUAAUACCAACAACUUCUCAUAUGUUGCGGUUUAAUGUUUGCGAAGUGCUUGGAGGUCCUGGUGUAAAAGUCCCACUGUCAUGGCUAAUUAUCACAGGUAAAGUAAUAUUACUACCACCGUGUAUUGUUUUGUAUGUGUUUUAAUGCUGUUCUGAGAUUGCUACCCGAGAUCUUUCUUUAGUUCUCCUAUAAAACAGUGCCUUUGUAUGACAGGUACUCCGUGUACAGGCUGAAGUAAUUGCAGAGCCAUUGGCUAUUAUUCCCUUUGAGAACUCAUGGAGGUUGGUUAUCAUCCCGGAUUACUGAAGAAAGGUAAAUGUGGUACAUGUCUAGAAGGAAAGGAAGAAGAUCCAGUGAAUGACAGACCAGUCUGCCUGACCUCAAUACCUGGAAAGAUUAGGAAGCAUAUUAUCAAAGAAUCUAUUUCUUAAACACCUGGAGGGAGAACAAGGUGAUCAAAAACAGCCAGCAUGGAUCCAUCAAGAGCAAGGCAUGUCUGAUAAACUUUAAUUCUUUGUGUGACAAGGUAAUGGGCUCUGUGGGGAAAACAGGGCAUUGUGUAAGACAAUGGUUCCAAACGGGGUUGCAACGUCAGUGGAUAGGGUCACAGGGGCAGGGGGCUGUGGAUUGGGAGUGAGGGGGCCAUGCUGAGGAAAUGGAGCCAUAAAUGGGGUCAUGCUGAGGAAAAGUUUGGGAAGCACCGGCAUAAGAGUUUGGUACAAGAGAACAGUGGAUAGGGUAUAUGGCUUUUGACACUCUCUCAUGAUGUUCUCCUUUAGUAAGCAAAGGAAAUAUAGUUGAGAUGAAAGUGGUGUGAAGUGUGUACAAAACUGGUUGGACCACUGGGCGAACGAUUAAGGCUGUGUGAAACAGCACCGUUUCGUUUAGACUUCCGUUUCACUGGGACAGUGUUUCGUUUCGAGUUUUUAGUUUCAUUUUGAAACCACUGUUCUGUUUCAUUUCUUUAAAAAUGUUUUGCUGUUUCAAUGUUUUGCCCGUAGGCUAUAAUGGGGAAGCAUGUAACUGCCUAUAACCUUGUAAUUUCCUGCCUGAUUUGGAUGAAACUUGCAGGCAUGGUAGCCCCGACUGAGGCCAUGAAGCCUGCCAGCUUUCAAGGAGAUAGGUGUAGGGGUUUCUGGGAAACUACACCUCAGGCUGCU